CGCGAAGAAAAGGAAAAUGUGUGGAGAUGACUAAUAACAACAAAAAAUGGCGGAAGCAGCAUCUCCCCGUGGUCAAGUGUUAUGCCGCUACUACACAAGUGGAGUUUGCCGCCAGGGGGAGCACUGCAUGUUUUCCCAUGACAGAGACAACAGGCCAUCCAACAUCUGCCGCUAUUACCUCAAAGGACACUGUACUUAUGGCAAUCAUUGCAGAUAUGACCACACCAGACCCAAAGAAGUCUCAGCUAAACAUAUUGCUCAGAACCCUGCACCAAAACCUGUCCCUUUGCUCAAAGCAGACUCCCAAUGUGCCUCACACAAAAUGGUCACCUUAAAGAAGAAGACUGGUUCAGCUGACAGUGGAAUAGAAACUGAUCUGACUUCUGUGACCUUGGAUCCAGAAAAGUGGGUCAAGGCCGCAGAGUUCGUACCUGGUCAGCCCUACGCUGGGGCAGCUGCUCUGUCUUACUCCUCGGCCACCAGGAGUGGACUUCCUGACGCUGACAUGAGCAUCCCCACAUCUCCCCUCCCACAUGUUGACCCUGAAGUUGCUCAGACCUUACUUUGUCCAUUUGCCAUGAAGGGGUACUGUCGUUAUGAAGAGGCGUGUCCAUACUUACAUGGAGAAAUGUGUGAUUUGUGUGGAGAGGCAAUGAUACAUCCCUUUGAUGAGAAAAUGCAAGAAGAACAUCGGCAGCAAUGUAUCAAACAGCAUGAAGAAGACAUGGAACUUUCAUUUGCGGUUGCUAGGAGCCAGGACAAAGUGUGUGGAAUUUGUAUGGAGACUGUCUUGGAAAAGAUGCCCCCUAGUGAGCGAAGAUUUGGAAUUCUCUCAAACUGUAUUCACGUCUUCUGCUUGAGUUGUAUCCGUAAGUGGAGGAGUGCAAAACAGUUUGAGAAUAAAAUCAUAAGAGCUUGUCCAGAGUGUCGUGUAAAGUCGGAUUUUGUCACACCCAGUCAGCACUGGGUGGAGAGCAAGGAGGACAAAGAAAGGCUGAUUGCAGGAUACAAAAAUGCUCUUGGUGAAAAACACUGCAAGUAUUUUAAAAGAGGCAAAGGCGAGUGUCCGUUCAAUGAGAAAUGUUUCUAUCUCCACGCCUAUCUUGAUGGAACCAUAGCUAAACCUCAGCCAAGGCAGCGACGCAGGAGACAAAAUGCCGACGGAGAUUUAGACACCUUUCAAAGGAUUCUUCUUCAUGAUUUUUUUGAAGAGAGAGAAAGAAUGAUAGAAUUAGAAUUACAAGAUGCUUUAGACCACUUAUUAUUUCACGUCGAUUGGCUCAGUGACAUGUCAGACUCCAGUGAAGACUACUCUGAUGACGAAACUCUGUUUAUCUCUUGAUUAGAGGAGAGUGCGUGAUUGAACAAUAGACCUUAAAGAAAUUCUAAAAAAAACCUUCUUUUUGUAUUACUUACACUUGUUACUCAUUUACAGCUUUAGAUGUUUACAGGUAAAUAGACGGACAUUGUGUACUAUAUAUAAAGUAUAUUUGGGCAAUAUUUCUAAACGGAACCUUAUACCCAAAGUGCAAAUGUCCAGUUCGUGUAUUAGGAUUUAUAUCUACAAUGCAUUAAGUUAAAAAUUUCAUCAUGCCAUAAGAUAACAUUGAAUGAAAUUCUAAAUAGCUUUAGCAUGAGUUUAUUGUGAAUAAUCAGGGAAAUAAAUAGUAUAACUUCA